UCCUGCGGAGAUGGCUGUGCCCAAGCCGACGGGCAGCGCCGCGGGAUCGGUAACAUUCAAAGAUGUGACUAUGGCCUUCACCCAGAAGGAAUGGGAGCAACUAGAUCCUGCUCAGAGGGACCUGUAUAAGGAUGUGAUGCUGGAGAACUAUAGCAACCUUGCCUCAAUGGGGUUUCAAGCUCCCAAACCAGACAUGAUCUCUAAGUUGGAAAAAGGAGAAGAGCCAUGGUUGGGGAAGGGCAAAAGACCCAGACAAGGUGGUCCCAGUGAAAUAGGAAGACCCAAGCAAACAGGAACCAAUGGAAAUGAAGUCCAGCAAGGUAAUGACCAGCUAGAGAACCACCAGGAAUCUCAAAACAAACUCUGUAAGGAAGUUGCAUUCAAGAGAAAAGGUCUGACUAAGAAGAAAGGCCGUGAAUGUAGUUCACUGGGGGAAAAAAGUGUGAGUACAAAACAUGUUCCUUCAAAAAAAAGGCUUAAAUUUGAUUCACAUGGAAAGAGUUUGAAACAGAAUUCAGAUUUACCUGGUCAUAUAAGAAACUAUGCAAAAAAGAAACCUAAUGUAGCUAAAGAGCACAAGAAAUCAUUCAGCCAUAGCUUACCUGAUACAAAGAAAGACAAAAAUCAAGCUGGAAAGAAACAAAAAUUAUCCAACCAUAGCUUAUCUAAUAAGCAUGACAAAACUCAAACUGGCAAGAAACAUGAGAAAUUAGCUCAUCAUAGCUUAUCCGAUACUAAACGGGACAAAAUUCAAACUGGAGAGAAACAUGAGAAAUCAUCCAGCCAUAGCUCAUCUCCUACUAAGUGUGACAAAACUCAAGCUAAAGCAAAACCCUACGAAUGUAAUCAAUGUGGGAAGGUUCUCAGCCAUAAACAAGGACUCAUUGACCAUCAGAGAAUUCAUACUGGAGAGAAACCAUACGAAUGUAAUGAAUGUGGGAUAGCCUUUAGCCAAAAGUCACACCUCGUUGUACAUCAAAGAACUCACACUGGAGAAAAACCGUAUGAAUGUAUUCAGUGUGGCAAAGCCCACAGUCAUAAACAUGCCCUCACUGACCAUUUGAGAGUUCAUACCGGGGAAAAACCCUAUAAAUGUACUGAAUGUGGGAAAACCUUUAGACAUAGCUCAAACCUUAUUCAACAUGUGAGAUCUCAUACAGGUGAGAAGCCCUAUGAAUGUAAGGAAUGUGGAAAAUCCUUUAGGUAUAACUCAUCUCUUACUGAGCAUGUGAGAACUCAUACGGGUGAAAUACCAUAUGAAUGUAAUGAAUGUGGAAAGGCUUUUAAGUAUAGCUCAUCUCUUACUAAACAUAUGAGAAUUCAUACGGGUGAGAAACCCUUUGAAUGUAAUGAAUGUGGGAAAGCUUUCAGCAAGAAGUCACACCUCAUUAUACAUCAAAGAACUCAUACUAAGGAGAAGCCCUAUAAAUGUAAUGAAUGUGGAAAAGCAUUUGGACAUAGCUCUUCUCUUACUUACCACAUGAGAACUCAUACAGGUGAAAGUCCUUUUGAAUGUAAUCAAUGUGGGAAGGCCUUCAAACAGAUUGAAGGCCUUACUCAACAUCAGAGAGUUCAUACUGGGGAGAAACCCUUUGAAUGUAAUGAAUGUGGGAAAGCUUUUAGCCAAAAGUCGCACCUCAUUGUACAUCAGAGAACUCAUACUGGGGAGAAACCUUUUGAAUGUAAUGAAUGUGGAAAGGCUUUCAAUGUGAAGUCACAGCUUGUUAUACAUCAGAGAUCCCACACUGGAGAGAAACCCUAUGAAUGUAAUGAAUGUGGAAAAGCUUUCAAACAAAAUGCACCCCUUACCAAACAUGUGAAAACUCAUUCAGGUGAGAAAUCAUAUAAAUGUAUUCAGUGUGGGAAAGCCUUCAGUGGAAAAUCAGGACUCACUGUACAUCAGAGGAUUCAUACUGGGCAUAAACCAUACAAAUGUAAUGAAUGUGAAAAAGCCUUUAUUCAGAAGUCACAACUCACUGUACAUCAGAGAACUCAUACAGGAGAGAAACCCUAUGAAUGUAGUCAAUGUGGGAAAGCAUUCAUCCAGAGGUCACAGCUCAUUGUACAUCAGAGAGUUCAUACUGAGGAGAAACCCUAUGUAUGUAAUGAGUGUGGAAAAGCCUUCAACAGGAAGUCAGAACUAACUGUACAUCACAGAAUUCACACUGGAGAGAAACCAUUUGAGUGUAGUGAAUGUAAAAAAGCCUCCAUUCAAAAUGAAUGCAGAAAAGCUUUUACCCAGAAAUCACAACUCAUUGUGCAUCAAAGAAUCCAUACUGGAAUGAAGCUAUAUGAAUGCAUUGAGUGUGGAAAAGCCUUUAGUAAGAAGUCACACCUCACUGCACCUCAUAGAAUACACACUGGAGAAAGACCCUAUGAAUGUAAUAAUUGUAGGAAAGCUUUCAGCAAGAAGUCUACUCUCAUUAUUCCUCAGAGAAUUCAUAUGGAACAGAAACCGCAUGAAUGUAAACUAUGCGGUAAAUCCUUCAGCCGGAACACUAAUCUUAUUCAGCAUCAAAGAAUACAUACUGGAGAGAAACCUUACGAAUGCAAUGAAUGUGGAAAAGCUUUUAGUCAGAGCACUAAUCUUAUUCAACAUCAAAGAGUCCAUACUGGGGAGAAACCUUACGAGUGUAGCGAAUGUGAAAAAACUUUUAGUCAUAGGUCAUCGCUUAGAAAUCACGAGAGAAUUCAUACUGGAGAAAAACCUUAUCCUUGCAAUGAAUGCGGGAAGGCUUUCAGUCAUAUUUCAGCCCUUACUCAACAUCACAGAAUUCAUACUGGAAAGAAGCCAUAUGCGUGUAUUGAAUGUGGGAAAACCUUCAGCCGGAGCACACAUCUUAUUGAACAUCAGGGAAUUCAUUCUGGGGAAAAAUCCUACCAGUGUAAGGAAUGUCAGAAGGCUUUUUGCCAUAGCACAUCACUAAUCCGACAUCAGAGAACUCACACCGGAGAAAGACCCUAUAAAUGCACGGAAUGUGGAAAAGCCUUCAGUCAUACCCCAGCCUUCAUUCAACAUCAGAGAAUUCAUACUGGAGAGAAACCCUAUGAAUGUAAUGAAUGUGGAAAGGCCUUCAAUCGGAGCGCACAUCUUACUGAACACCAGAAAUCUCAUACUGGAGAGAAACCUUACGUUUGUAAGGAAUGUGGAAAAACCUUCAGCAGAAGCACACACCUUACUGAACAUCUAAAAAUUCAUUCUGGUGAGAAGCCCUAUCUAUGUAAUCUAUGUCAAAAACGAUUUUGCUAUAGAACAUCACUAAUUCGACAUCAGAGAACUCAUACAGGAGAGAAACCCUACCAGUGUGAUGAAUGUGGGAAAUCUUUCAGUUUAAGUUCAGCCCUUACUAAACAUAAGCAAACACACACAGGGGAGAAACCUUAUAAAUGUAAUAAAUGUAGUGAUGUUUUCUGUCAUAGUACAUCUUUAAUUCGACAUCAAAGAACUCAUUUUAGAAAUGAAAUCCUAUCAGAGUAA